AUGCGAGGUCAGGACUGGGGCCCCAUCACUUCGGACGAUGGGUCAGCGAAUACAUCGGCGAAUACAUUGAUUGUAGCGAAUCUGACAGCCACUGGAUAUCAUAAACUUUGGCGAAACCUGACACUACCAAACUAUGUUGCGAGCCGAGCGAAUCCGCAAGUGGUGUGGAGACCGGUUUCCCAGCAGGGUUCUCGCAGUGAUUGGCGGAGUGAAAAACCCAGAAGACAUUUAUCCCUCCGGUCUGUCCUCCGCACAGCAAGAGCAGGAUGUACCUUCAAAACACCACGGGCGAUGCUCCCUCGAGCGGUCGUGCCUCCUUCUGCUCCACUCUCGUUUCUGCGUCGGAUGGCAGUUCUCACAAUAUUUACAUUCACGGCGGCUAAAACGGACAGAAUGCUUCCGCCACCCCUUACGACGAUGUGUACUUUUUUUCCUUGCCAUCGUUCAUGUGGAUCAAAGCCUAUACCGGGAGCUCUCGCCAUAGUCGCAGUGGACAUCAAUGCUUCGGUGUCCUACUAA